AUGCGGUCGAGUUACUCAGCUCGGAGCUGGAAUGUACUCCAGUCUCUACCAAUACGAUGCUACUCAGGAGCCCACAGCCCGCCACCCUGGCGGCCAGUUUCUGCUGUCGAUGAGUGGGCUGAGCGAGCUAUUCGCCCUAUCAGUCUGCGACAGUUGACCUUUUUUGGUCGUACCUUGACCGAACCGCGCCUCAUUAGCUCGGCGAACUACGUGCGGACGGAGCUACCAACUCGCCUUGCGCAUCGCCUGCGAGAUAUCCAACAGCUGCCCUAUGUGGUGGUUGCCAACCCGCAUCUCACCCUCGUGUAUGAAUUGUACUACAAAGCGUUUGAGACGGUUCGGGUAGUGCCUGAAAUUCGCAGCCUCGAAGAUAAUGAUCGUUUCUGUGAUAUCCUUCGGGGAAUGCUCAAGGAGCAUUUGGUCGCGAUUCCCAACCUAGCUAUGGGCGUAUUGGAGUGCCGCAAUCUCGCCCCCGCAGAUGAGAUGGAUAGGUUGAUGAACACGCUUCUGCGAGCGAGAAUCUCCCGUCGAGUCAUCGCUGAGCAGCACCUAGCUCUGACCGAGACGUUCAACUCACCAUGGCAUUUCCCUGAUUCACACGAUCGAACCGAUAUGAACGCCGAUUUCGUGGGAGAAGUGUUCCUCAAGUGCAAAGCGAAGGAGGUGGUCGAACGAUGUGGAAGGGUUGCACAAGAGCUGAUGCGCAAGAGCACGGAGUCGACUCAGAUACCUGCCAUCACCGUCCAAGGCCAUGUGGACGCCACUUUCCCGUACAUCCUCAGUCAUCUGGAAUAUAUCAUCGGAGAGCUUCUCCGCAACUCCGUGCAAGCAGUCAUGGAGAAAUAUCAGCAUUCAUCACAACCCCCGCCUCCCAUCGAAGUGCUCGUGUGCGAGACUCCGCAGCAUGUAAUAAUGCGCAUCUCAGACCAGGGAGGCGGAAUCCCACGAGAGAUCCUCCCAUAUCUUUGGUCGUUCAGCAAGGGGCCUCGCACCCAGUCCCGGCUGGAAAACCUCGGCCAAGUCCCUGCAAUGGCGGCUACAAUGCAGGAGCUGCAGGUGUCACACGAGCGCAAACAGGCCGACCGGGAAUCAUACCACGAAGGAUCCCUGGACACCCUGACGUCACGGCCGCCCAAUCUCCGUCUGGGCAUGGGUUUGCCUAUGAGUCGGGUGUAUGCUGAGUACUGGGCGGGCAGUCUAGAGCUGCAUAGUCUGGAGGGGUACGGUGUGGAUGCCUUCCUGCAGAUCUCAAAGCUUGGCAACAAGAACGAGCAAGUUACCACUCGAGCGGCAAUUGAUGCGGUAUGA